UCUUUCCGGGGCGGUCGGGGUGGGGCCCGGGGCUCACCCGCGAGCUGAGCUAACUGGGUGUCGCUGCGGUCCACGUCCCCGCGCCUGGCUGAAUCGCUGAAGUGGCUACGCUGCGGUGCGAGGGCCACAGGCCUGCCGCGCCCGGGUGUGUCUGACACUGCAGAGGAGCAUCUGCCUCUGUCCUCCAUGUGCCUCAGUGAAUGCCAUGGCCUGGGAGUGCCCUGCCCAGCUGCUCUCACCUGCAAAGCCAGACUUAAUAUGGCAAGUACAGGAUGCCAAGCCCACAGCUGCCCCAGGAGGACAUCAGCCUGGCCUCCCAGUCUGCACUGAGCAGCUGCCUCUGAUCCCUAGGCCAAGCAGAAGGGAACUGUUGACAGCCUGAAGGGCUGGCCAGCUGAGAGGCUCAGAGAUCACCAGCUCUGCUUCCAGCUCACCAGCAAGAUGUGGACAGCCCUGGUGCUGGUUUGGAUUUCCUCCGUGCCCUUAUCUAGAAGCCAUAUAGUGUCUGAGGAGCCACUCAUGAACAUGUUGCCUAAGGCAGUAAAGCGAAGUGAGCCUAGGAACACAAGUUCAACGGCUGAUAAUAAACCAACCGAGCGAAUAGCCACAGUGUCGCCUACUCCUGUCACAUCGACCACAGGGACCUGGGCAGCCAGCCUGAACUCUACCAAAGUGACAGCAGAGAUGACAACACACCAGACAAACACAAGCAUUCCAACAACCAGAGAUGGCACUACAGACAGUGUGACCUCCAGAACUCUUGCACUACCUACAUUGUCAAGCCCCUCAUCUCUGGGGAAAACUCUACCCAUCACCACUGCUGGACUUUCCUCUCUCAGCACACCACGUGCAGAAGUGCCAAGUACAAAUGCCAGCAUACCACCACCAACAGCUACGGUGGCAACAGUGGCCCCACAUACCAUGACUGUUGCUGCAGGCACCAUGAACACAAGCGGUCCCACAAGUACUCUGAGUCCUGCCAAAAGCACACCUCCAAACACAUCCACCAUGAACACCAUACCCACCUCAGGUACCCAGAUACAAGGUACCACCAUUCAGGUGACAACAGAGCAGCCAGUGCGUAGCACAGCAAAUAGAUUAACACCUAGUCCUUCAAAUACCACCCUGGAGCCCACCACCACCACCCGCUCUGUGGCUUCAGUGUCCUCUACAGUAGUGACCACUACCCAGAUACAAACCAAGGAGCCAACUGCCAGCACAGUGCCAGUGUCUCCUACCAACCCCACCCCUGAAGUGGCAGCCACAUCCCCGACCACACAGCCAAGCCCUACAUUAUCUACACAGGGGACCGUUGGACCAGGCAUACCCCUGACAACAGAGCGGGUGGAAACCAAAGCCACAGCUGGUACUGCCUCUGCUGGGCUAACACCCAGGAGCUCUGGGGACCCUAAGGUGCAAACCACAGACUCCUGUCAGCUCAGCACCCAAGGUCAGUACCUGGUGGUCACCACUGAACCCCUCACUCCAUCCUUGGUGAACAAAAUGUUACUUUUGGCGGUGCUCGUUCUUGGGGUGACCCUCUUCAUCGCAGUCCUGGUGAUGUUUGCCCUGCAAGCCUAUGAGAGCUACAAGAAGAAGGACUACACACAGGUGGACUACCUGAUCAAUGGCAUGUAUGCUGACUCUGAGAUGUGAGGCCAGCCUCCUCCAUGGCCUUCUAUUGCCUCAGACCAAACCAAGUGCUUCCAGAUCUUUUUGGUGCAAUCUCAGAACUAUGCCAGAUGCUUAGACAAACUUAAUUGCUAUCAGAUCAACUCCAUGAUCGUGAGAGAGCUGCCUUUUCAUAUUUAUUUUUCUAAACGAUCACAUAUGCAGGAGUGGCCAGGGUCGAGGGGGCCUGGCCCACUUGGCUCUCGAUGUGUGAAAUCUUGACCAGAAUUAAAAGCAGUGACCGCUCUCCAUC